AGAGUUAUACGCGACUAUGCUGGCCUCUGUCGGAUUCGAUAUCAAAGACGUUCCGUAUCGCAACGGUCUUCGAAGCGCGGUUGAGCUUGCACGCACCAGUAGAAGCAAAUGUAAGGGACAAUGCAAGGAAACAAUUGCGGCAGACAGCGUCCGUUAUUGCACGUCCACGGAAGCCGUUAAUCACGGCAGCUAUUUCUAUCGGUGCCUCAACUGCAUUACUCAACAGCAAAUGAACCAUCUUCUCGAACUGUAUGAAAGUUUGGAAGAUUGUCCUGGCAUGGCCCAAUUGCCCGAUGGCAAGCGACAACAGACCAUUGAGAUGAUGGGGGCUGUUCACAACACGCAUGAGACCGAGCAGAAGGGAGUGGCAAAGAAAGGCAAGCGCAAAGCGAGUGACGCAGAUCUGAAGGACAAGCCUAAAGAGACAUCCAAGAGAGCCAACCAAAAGCCUAAUAAAAAGGCGGACAACAAAAAUGUCAAGGCUAACCAAAAACCCGAACACAAAAAGAAUGAUACACCGGCGACGAAGACCAAGAAGGUACGAUAUGAAUUUUAAUUGGACGUAUGAUGUGCCUCCGAGAAUAAGCAUAUACGGGGCUAGUGUACGCCUUCUCCGCAU